AUGGAUAUCAUCUCAACGGUUGAUCAAAAGUGGCAGGCAAGAGCCCUUACCCCUCGUGCCACUGCCUACCGCAGUCCUACAUAUGAGCAUUCAAACUCUGAUGUCUCAUCAUACGGUUCUUCAUGGGACAUCCUCGUGGGGUCGAAUGUCCAAAUGAAUGGCUUGAUUGUCACACCACUGCCCAGCAGAACAGGCGAUACAGUAUACAGAAUACACUCAAUACAGAAUAUGAAACUCCACAUUACACCACGAUCCGAGACUAACCCCAACGGAGCCCAGGCAGGAGAUCACCGCACGGAUGAUCUUCUGACCACUCCCUACGCCGCUAACGCGACCGUGCGGGCUUGA